AUGAAAGAUUACAUGAGCGUAAGGUUAUAUGUGUGGACCUUGGUGUUCAGAGCAAUUUGGAGUAGUAUUCUCGCUUCAGUCGCAAUUGCCGGAAUGGGUGUCUCAGCAACAAACAACCUUUAAAACAAUUACUUAGACUUUUUCUUCUUCAUGAUUAUUUUCCUUCUUGAAAUCAUAGGCAUAUUCUACUAUCUCUGUUUAUUUAAGAAACAGCGUCAUCAGUAAAAUCUUGAUAGAAUAAACAAAUUUGACUGUGUUUACACUUGUUUAAUGACAUUUUUCAGACUUGGUUGGCACAUCGCUCUAGGACUAUUUAUAAUUGUGCACAUAUUAUAGUUAAACCUAGCUAAAAAGAAUAUAUAGUGGACAAGCAUAAAAAAUUUAUGCAUUGUCAUAUUAGUAUUCUCAAUCAUGGGCAUUAUUGGAUUUGUGAUUGGUAUUGUCUAUCAGCCCUAAGAGUAUGAAAAGGAAAUUGAAUUCAAUAACAUUCUGGAUGAAGUUAAAGAUGAUAGUGAGAGGUAUAUUUAAGAAGAUAUUGAUGAUUAGAUGAGCCAAAGAUAGGAGUUUAAAAAAGAGUCUAACAAUCAUAAUGUCUAGCAGUACUAGCACUAAAGCAAAUAAAGUAAAAAUGAUUAAGUUAAAAGAUCUCUUGAAGUGAUAUAAGAGUAAAACGAUGAGGGGAUUUCAAAUUAUAAUAAUACUCAUAAAUAAAUUUGA